GUGCACAUGCAAAACUCAAAGCAUGCAUCUAAAGAUAGCAAAAGUGACAUGUGUGCGGCUUGGGCAGCUAUACAUAGGUGCACACUUCUCCAACAUACAAAGAUUAAUGCUGCUUUUCAAGCAAGUAUAUUUAUUCAUCAGGGAGCAUACAUUCAAGGAGAAGUUGUAUGACAACUUGCGUGGUCUAGUGUCAAGAUAUGCACUUAUUGUGAUUGUAAAGGAGAAAACGCGUGUGGAAAAAUGCAGUUGUACUAUCAAGAGGACGCACAACCUCCCUUGUUCAUGUCAGCUUGCGAUCAUGACUUCUAUUCCAUUGACGACAGUUGACCAACAUUGGAGGAGGCUUACAACAACAGUUGCACCUGAUGAAUCCCAACCUGAUAUGGGAUUGAGCAUUACAACAGAGUUGGAGGUCAUUGCGAAGAUGUUUGAAGAGGCUAAUGUUCCGAGGAGAAAAGCUAUCAAAGAGAGGCUUCGAGAGAUUGCAUACCCAAAUCAGACUUCUUUGUUUCCUCCUCCAAACAAGUUGUCUACAAAGGGUCGGCCUGGUGAACUUAAGGGUUCAAUCAGACGUCUUCCUUCAAAGUGGGAGAAUGUUGAUAAUCUAGUAAAGUCACUACAAGCUAGAAACUCACCUGGGCUUCUUAGCAGUAAGGUCACUAAGGUGCCUAAACCCCGCUCAACAAAGCGGAAGAGCUUAACAUCGAAACAAUCUGCACCAAAGAAGAAAGGCAAGAGGAUGGCAAGCUAGAUACCUGGGUUCCCCCACCGGCCCCUAAACCCAAAGUUUACUAAGCCAACUACAUUCAUGAAGUGCCCGAAUUCCUCUGUGAACAUGUAAUUGACAUUGUGAAUGUUGACGAUGAUGAGAAUUGUGGAUAUAGAUGCAUUGCUUCUUUGAUGGGCAAGGGGGGAAUAACUGUCACGAAGUUCUGCACGAAAUGAUAAGGGAGCUUACAUCACGCAAGGCAGUUUACCUUGAUUUGUAUACCACAAACAAACAUUACAAUCAGGUACUACAAGCCUUGCAUCCUGCUCCGAGGGAGAUUGCAACAAUGGACAAGUGGUUAAGCAUGCCUGAUAUGGGCCACAUUAUUGCUACGAUGUACCAGUGCCACAUCCGUCAGAGCACCAGAUUGUCAGCUAAGGGGUGCUCCACAUACCUUCCUCUCACCGGUCCAGUGCCACAUUCGUCAGAGCACCAGAUUGUAUGUUUGCUCCUUGUCAACAACAACCAAUGGGCGCAUAUGUCAAGUGACUUUCCUUUGUCGGUGAUUAAUCCACAAUGACGUUAUCAUUGUACCGUUGAAGCUCGUGGUUGGGAGAGACCAUACCUGGAUCGCAUGGUCAGAUUUGUAGAGAACAGACCGCAGAGCGAUGAAGUCGUAGAUCUCGUUGAUGACUAGAUUAUUUAUGUUGUAAUAGUGGAUUUGCAAAUUGCGGUCAUUGUUGUAAUGUAAUGUAACAAUGUAAUAUUAUUAUAAUAAUGUAAGAUGGCCAUUAGCUGUUUCAUUUCCUGCA